GUACAGACGCGUAUAUAUGCACGGCACCUCCUUAUUCGUCUCGUCACAUACACACGAAACGCCAAAUCAUCGUCUUCUUCACUUGUUUGCAAGAGCUUGGGGCCUUUCUUUCCUCUGUUUCUUUUUUUUUAUCUCUGGGAGUGGUGGUGGUGGCCACCCGCCGGCAAGCAAUGUCAUCACUCCAGAGGUACUUGCCGUGGCUGAUCUUCUUCUUGCUUCACGGCGGGCGAGGAGCGGCGGCCGGGAAGGUGCCGGCAAUCAUCGUCUUCGGCGACUCGUCCGUUGAUACGGGCAACAACAACUUCAUCCCGACCAUCGCGCGGAGCAACUUCUGGCCUUACGGUCGCGACUACGCCAACGGCCUCCCCACGGGCCGCUUUUCCAACGGCCGCCUCGCCACCGACUUCAUCUCCGAGGCCUUCGGACUGCCGCCCUCAAUCCCCGCCUACCUCGACACAAACUGCUCCAUCGACCAGCUCGCCACCGGCGUCUCCUUCGCCUCCGCCGCCACGGGCCUCGACAAUGCCACCGCCGGCGUCCUGUCGGUGAUCACGCUGGACGAGCAGCUGGCCUACUUCAAGGAGUACACGGACCGCCUCAAGGUUGCCAAGGGCGAUGCGGCGGCGAAGGAGAUCAUCAGCGAGGCGCUCUACAUCUGGAGCAUCGGCACCAACGACUUCAUCGAGAACUACUACAACCUGCCGGAGCGGCGGAUGCAGUACACAGUGGGCGAGUACGAGGCCUACCUCCUCGGGCUCGCCGAGGCCGCCAUCCGCCGCGUGCACGCGGUCGGCGGCCGCAAGAUGGACUUCACGGGGCUCACGCCCAUGGGCUGCCUCCCCGCCGAGCGGAUCGGCAACCGCGGCGACCCCGGCGAGUGCAACGAGCAGUACAACGCUGUCGCAAGGACCUUCAACGCCAAGCUGCAGGACCUCGUCGCCAAGCUCAAUAAGGACCUCCGGGGGCUGCGGCUCGUCUUCGCCGACACGUACCAGCUCCUUGCCACCGUCGUCAGCAAGCCGGCCGACUACGGCGGUAGCUAGCUCGCUGCAUUCAUGUGCUGCCGUACGUCGUCUCCAUUAAUGGUGCUCUUCUCAGCUCCGGCCGCCAUGCAUGGGCGCCACAUGCCAUGCCUUGGCAACACGUCGCAGCGGCUGUAGAAUUCAACAGUGCCCUCGCCUCAUUACUGAAAGUUUCUCUGCACUUGCACACAGUUUUUCGGUUGACAUGUUCGUUGGAACUUGAAUUGAAUUAUGUUGCUACUCCCUUUGUUUAAAAUUAUAAAUCGCUCAUAAAUAUUUGUAUGCAUCUAGAAAAGUUAAAACAACCUACAAUUUGGGAUGAGGGAGUACAUAUAGUAAUAUGGUAAUGAGGAAUAAAUAAAAGCCAGAAAGAUCUGUUUGGGAGAGUAUACAUUUAGCAUCAACUAGAGGCGUAGGUUAGUAUGUUUUGUGCUACCAAAUAAUUUCGGACACAAAUUUAGGAUUAUUUCUCUUAUAUACAAAUAAUUAGCGGAAUUUCAAAGUCAUCAUAAAGAAAACGAGUUAGCAAAUUUGUUCUCAAAACCUUCACUAGGAUGUAUGAAAUUAUAUGUCUAGCCAAACAUUUCGUUGUUAAAAGUAUCAAACAUUGAUUAAUAAGAGUGUAGCGCAAAGUAAGAGGCUAUCGAACCAGAUAGUUUCAUUUCUCCUUUCCUGGUGCGUGCGCAGGAUUUGACAAUGCAGUACAAGGUUGCUGUGGGACCGGGCUUUUCGAGGCAGGCUACUUUUGCAGCUUCAGCACCUCGAUGCUAUGUGGAAACGCCAACAAGUAUGUGUUCUUCGACGCGAUCCAUCCCACGGAGAAGAUGUACAAGCUGCUUGCCGAUACCGUCAUCAACACCACGUUGCAUGUAUUCUUGUGAAAAUACUUGAUCUUGGUAAUGGAGACUAGGUCUGGACGGGUUAUAUGGCUGUGGUAGCCAGUGUGUACCAUGUAAUUGUAAACAGACAUAUAUAUCACACAUUUUCCCACAUACUACACUCUUGAGACUUGAUAGUGUGUCA